GCUGGCGAGGUUCUCAAUUCGGUCCGCUCAGCCAGUACAAGAGCAGCAGAGCACCGACUGGCGGUUCAAACAAGGCUGCAGCUUCUGAUCAGUACCAAGCAUCUUCAUCAUCAUCAUCAUGUCCCUACAACUGGAAGAGAAUGUCCCCACCACAGAGGAGGAAGAUGAAGAAGAGGAGGAGGAGGAGGAUGAAGAUGAGGAGGGAUCUGAAGAGGGAUCUGACACCAAGUCCUCAAGGAAGAGAAGCAAAGCAGCAGCAGCCUCUUCCUCUGGGUCCAAAAAGAAGAACAAGAAGAAGAACCAGCCGGGCAGGUACAGCCAGCUGGUGGUGGACACCAUCCGCAAGCUGGGCGAGCGGAACGGCUCCUCCCUGGCCAAGAUCUACAGCGAGGCCAAGAAGGUCUCCUGGUUCGACCAGCAGAACGGCCGCACCUACCUCAAGUACUCGGUGAAAGCGCUGGUCCAGAACGACACCCUGGUCCAGGUCAAGGGGGUCGGCGCCAACGGCUCCUUCCGACUCAACAAGAAGAAGCUGGAGGGGGGAGCCCCCGAGAAGAAGGCGGCCCCCGCCCCCAAGCCCGCCGCCAAGAAAGCCACCCCGAAAAAGAGCCCCAAAAAGACGAAGGCCAAACCCAAGCCUACGAAGACGCAGACACCCAAGAAAAGUAGCCCCAAGGCGGCGGCGGUAGCGGCGGCGCCACCUGCCAAGAGCCCCAAGAAGAAGGCGGCCGGCGGCGGGGGCAAGAAGGCGGGCAAGCCUAGCAGGGCCAAGGUGCACAAGACUAGGAAGGCAUGAGGGGGAUGGAUGGGCUCUGGAGAGGACUGGGAUCUUUGGGCACGAUGAGACUUGUAGUUCCGCAAAACGCUUUUUUUUAUUAUUAUUUUUUUGUGCAAUGAUGGACUAUCUCCCCGGGGCUGAAUGAUCGCUAAUACCCCCCGAGGCCCCCGGACGUCAGGGGGCGAGGAGGUCCUAACGGUUUCCUGCAAUGGGGGAGGGGGUUUCCGAAAUCGAGACUGAGACACUUUCUUCAAAGCACAUAAUUGCCCCCCCCCCCCUUCGAAUCGCAGGCUCACUUCGCAAAGCUUCCCAAGGACGAUAAGUAUCUUUAUUUCCAGUCCUGACUGUAAUGUUCGAACCUCGGCGGACGUGAAAAUAACUGUCACUUUUUUUUAUUUUUAUU